GUCACCCAGGGCCGGUGCCCAAGGGAUACUCUUCUCUCCCCACUCUGUAGUACCCGGCUUACUCUGCUUCUGGCCAGGGAGUAUCACCUCUCCUGGUUUGGCCCCUUCUCAGCCCUCGGGAAGCCAAAGGAUACUUGAGGCCAGCCCUGAAUGCAGAGUCCCAAAGCAUGAGCUUCUCCACGGGACAACUGUUGGUAGGAGCCUCCAGCAUUAGGACAGGGGCCCUGCCUACCUGAGUCAGCGCCAGGCCUCUCGGGGUGGCGACUGUCUUCCGGGCAAGCCUGACAAUACACCUAGGCCAAGUCUGAGAUCCCAGGCGGAAAGGGCCUGACAGGCCCAGUGGAUGCAAAACUGUCUUUUUAUUUUCUCCUCCAUGUCCUGCCUUCUUUUCCUCUCAGUAGCAGACCCCAAAGCUGUUUCAGCCCUACUUCUGAAUCAGGCCUGCUUAGUAACUGCUUGGUUUGCCUUUUGGUUCCAAAUAACUGCCUUGCAGGGUGACCCCUUAUUCUUCUUAAAGGCUACUUGAGAGCCAUAGGGGCUCCUCUCGACAGACCUCCUCCAUCCUUUAGGGCCUGCCUGGACUAUGAUAUGGGCCAGGGCUUUGGGAGUGCCUGGUGUGCCACAUCUUACUAUGAGCAGGGAGGAUGGUGGUGGAGGGGAGAACGUGGUUUUCCCCAGGUCCUACUGAGUUGGCCUAGUAGGGUAGCUAAUCCGCAGCCUGCCAUUCUGUUGGUGAGACCCAGGGCCAAGCUGAAUGCUGCAGCCAGAACCCACAAAGGGAAACUCUCUCUCCAUGUUAGCCACUGCAUACUCUUACCACUUUAUCCUUCAGGGAAGCAGCUAGGUGAGGAAGUUGCCUCACUUGGGGCCUUACCCCAAGAAGCUUUUCUGUUGGAGACUUUCUCCUCUCUUUUCCCGUUCUCUUUUCUCUGCUUCCUCCCAGUGGCUUGCCUCCUUACCCUGGCUCACAUCCCUGCUGUGGGAAACAUAUUACAGCAUAGAAGAGGGGGUGCAGGGCCCACCUUGGGACACCUUGACUCCAAGCCCAGCAGUAAGCCGAACAUGAUUCGGGGCCGCAACUCAGCCACCUCUGCUGAUGAGCAGCCCCACAUUGGCAACUACCGGCUCCUCAAGACCAUUGGCAAGGGUAACUUUGCCAAGGUGAAGUUGGCCCGACACAUCCUGACUGGGAAAGAGGUAGCUGUGAAGAUCAUUGACAAGACUCAGCUGAACUCCUCCAGCCUCCAGAAGCUAUUCCGCGAAGUAAGAAUAAUGAAGGUUUUGAAUCAUCCCAACAUAGUUAAAUUAUUUGAAGUGAUUGAGACUGAGAAAACUCUCUACCUUGUCAUGGAGUACGCUAGUGGCGGAGAGGUAUUUGAUUACCUAGUGGCUCAUGGCAGGAUGAAAGAAAAAGAGGCUCGAGCCAAAUUCCGCCAGAUAGUGUCUGCUGUACAGUACUGUCACCAGAAGUUUAUUGUCCAUAGAGACUUAAAGGCAGAAAACCUGCUCUUGGAUGCUGAUAUGAACAUCAAGAUUGCAGACUUUGGCUUCAGCAAUGAAUUCACCUUUGGGAACAAGCUGGACACCUUCUGUGGCAGUCCCCCUUAUGCUGCCCCAGAACUCUUCCAGGGCAAAAAAUAUGAUGGACCCGAGGUGGAUGUGUGGAGCCUAGGAGUUAUCCUCUAUACACUGGUCAGCGGAUCCCUGCCUUUUGAUGGACAGAAUCUCAAGGAGCUGCGGGAACGGGUACUGAGGGGAAAAUACCGUAUUCCGUUCUACAUGUCCACGGACUGUGAAAACUUGCUUAAGAAAUUUCUCAUUCUUAAUCCCAGCAAGAGAGGCACUUUAGAGCAAAUCAUGAAAGACCGAUGGAUGAAUGUGGGUCACGAAGAUGAUGAACUAAAGCCUUACGUGGAGCCACUCCCUGACUACAAGGACCCCCGGCGGACAGAGCUGAUGGUGUCCAUGGGUUAUACACGGGAAGAGAUCCAGGACUCGCUGGUGGGCCAGAGAUACAACGAGGUGAUGGCCACCUAUCUGCUCCUGGGCUACAAGAGCUCCGAGCUGGAAGGUGACACCAUCACCCUGAAGCCCCGGCCUUCAGCUGAUCUGACCAAUAGCAGCGCCCCAUCCCCAUCCCACAAGGUACAGCGCAGCGUGUCGGCCAAUCCCAAGCAGCGGCGCUUCAGCGACCAGGCAGCUGGUCCUGCCAUUCCCACCUCUAAUUCUUACUCUAAGAAGACUCAGAGUAACAAUGCAGAAAAUAAGCGGCCCGAGGAAGACCGGGAGUCGGGGCGGAAAGCCAGCAGCACAGCCAAGGUGCCUGCCAGCCCCCUGCCCGGCCUGGAGAGGAAGAAGACCACCCCAACCCCUUCCACGAACAGCGUCCUCUCCACCAGCACAAAUCGAAGCAGGAAUUCCCCACUUUUGGAGCGGGCCAGCCUCGGCCAGGCCUCUAUCCAGAAUGGCAAAGACAGCCUAACCAUGCCAGGGUCCCGGGCCUCCACGGCUUCUGCUUCUGCCGCAGUCUCUGCGGCCCGGCCCCGCCAGCACCAGAAAUCCAUGUCGGCCUCCGUGCACCCCAACAAGGCCUCUGGGCUGCCCCCCACGGAGAGUAACUGUGAGGUGCCGCGGCCCAGCACAGCCCCCCAACGUGUCCCUGUCGCCUCCCCAUCCGCCCACAACAUCAGCAGCAGUGGUGGAGCCCCAGACCGAACUAAUUUCCCCCGGGGUGUGUCCAGCCGAAGCACCUUCCAUGCUGGGCAGCUCCGACAGGUGCGGGACCAGCAGAAUUUGCCCUAUGGUGUGACCCCAGCCUCUCCCUCUGGCCACAGCCAGGGCCGGCGGGGGGCCUCUGGGAGCAUCUUCAGCAAGUUCACCUCCAAGUUUGUACGCAGAAAUCUGUCUUUCAGGUUUGCCAGAAGGAACCUGAAUGAACCUGAAAGCAAAGACCGAGUGGAGACGCUCAGACCUCACGUGGUGGGCAGUGGCGUCAACGACAAAGAAAAGGAAGAAUUUCGGGAGGCCAAACCCCGCUCCCUCCGCUUCACGUGGAGUAUGAAGACCACGAGCUCCAUGGAGCCCAACGAGAUGAUGCGGGAGAUCCGCAAGGUGCUGGACGCGAACAGCUGCCAGAGCGAGCUGCAUGAGAAAUACAUGCUGCUGUGCAUGCACGGCACGCCGGGCCACGAGGACUUCGUGCAGUGGGAGAUGGAGGUGUGCAAACUGCCGCGGCUCUCUCUCAAUGGGGUUCGAUUUAAGCGGAUAUCGGGCACCUCCAUGGCCUUCAAAAACAUUGCCUCCAAAAUAGCCAACGAGCUGAAGCUUUAACAGGCUGCCAGGAGCGGGGGCGGCGGGGGCGGGCCAGCUGGACGGGCUGCCGGGCCGCCGCGCCGCCCCACCUGGGCGAGACUGCAGCGAUGGAUUGGUGUGUCUCCCCUGCUGGCACUUCUCCCCUCCCUGGCCCUUCUCAGUUUUCUCUUACAUGUUUGUGGGGGGUGGGAGAUUGUUCUCCAGCCCCCCACAUUCACCCCUGCCCAGAGAUUCCCCCUUCCCCUCUCCCCCACUGGAGGCAAAGGAAGGGGAGGGUGGAUGGGGGGGGCAGGGCUCCCCCUCGGUACUGCGGUUGCACAGAGUAUUUCGCCUAAACCAAGAAAUUUUUUAUUACCAAAAAGAAAAAAGAAAAAAAAAAAAAAAUCCCAGCGGCCACCUUUCCUCCCUGCCCCAUUGGGACAGUCGAGACUGGAUCUGUGGGGUUUCCCGGGAGGGUGGCUCAGGGCUGGAACACUCUCAGGCAAGAGUGGUGGAGCUCCCGUCAGGCCCUCCGCCAGGCCCGCUGUGGGCUUCUUCCCUCUCCUCCCUCCUUCCCCUCCAAGCAAACCACCAGAGGUGGCCUUCCCCUGACCUCAGGCCCCUGGGCUGGAGGCCUGGGUGGCGGGGCAGGGGGCGGGGGUGCUGCGCAGCCCUGCAGUGGGUGGGACUGGGGGCUGCUCCGGGGCUGCCGAGGCUGGAGGGCCGGCACAAGGCUCCGCCUCCCUCCACACUGUACCCUCUGCCCCUCCUUCCCAGAGCUGGGCAUUUCCUUCCACAAGCUGCUGUGGGGACGUGUGUUCCCUCCUCCAAGUCUGUGCCAUCUUCUCCCACCCCUCCCGGAUAGAAGGAGGGGCUGACCCCAGGGCUGGGAGAGGGGAGGGGACUGCAGGGCAAAUUGGCUCCUCGGUCCCCAGGGGGGCCGCUUGGGCUGUUGGUCUCCAGAGCAGGGCCACUGGGCACUCUGUGAUGGGGGAGCCUUUGUCUGAAAGCACAGCCCCCUCGCCCUUCCUCUCCCCAUGGCUUCCCCUUCAUUGGCAUUAAUCUGGGCACCAGCUCUCUCCAUAGCAGUGACUUCCCUCACCACUCGCAUCUCUCAGCCUUGCCUUUUCUUCCUGACACUGUCGCCCCCUCCUCUCAGGAGACACUGCCCAGGGCCUCCAGGGCCACCUGGCAGAAGGCUGGGUUAGGCAGCAGGGCCGGGAGCAUCUGCCCUCCACAGGGUGGGGGACAGAUAGGCAAAGCGACUCCCAGCUUGCUGCCCUCAGUGGCCAGUGUGGGCAUGGGCGGUUUUGGGCGCUUGGCUGGUGGUGGCCACUGCAUCCCUUAAUUUAUUUCUCUACUGUUUCUGUUCUUGAGAAAUUGGGGGAGGGAGUCCUACACAGAGGCUGCCCCUACCCUCACCUGAGUUGUACAUUUUUUUGUGAUGGGUUUUAUUUUUUAUUUUAUUAUUUUAUUUUAUUAUUUUUUUUUUUUUUUGAUUUAUGAUGACUCCACCCCUCUUCAUCACCCCCGCUCCCAGGCCAGGCUCAGCGAUUAAGUCGAGCCCUUGGGUCCUAGGAAGGGGCCUCGCCAACCUCAGCCCUCCUGCCCCACACUCCUACUGCGGCUCAGACCAAGGGCUCCCCCUCCCUCCCUUCUCCCCUCCUGCCCUAUGGAACAGCCCGGGUGCUCUGAGGGGGCCGGGAGGGCAUGGCUUGGCUCCCAAAGGGGGUAGGGGCCCGGGGCACCCAGGCAAGGUGGCCCCUCCCCGGCUAGCCCCCUCCUCCCCAACCCUGCACUUAGUUUCUCCUCUGGAUCAAACACAUAAUAAAGAGAAUGUUUGGAAUCUGA